GCCAGUCAGCUAUCGACGAGCGUUUUUGAGAGACCGCAGGAGUAUUGAAACUUCUGAAGGAGCCAAAAUGGGGCGAUUCUGCUUUGAUAUCGCUUUCUGCAGUCUGGUAGUUGUGUUCCUCGCUAUCUACAGCGUCGACGGUCACUUUUCUUUCCAUGGAGCUGGAUCUAGUUUAAAAGGAAGCAAAUCUAAUUCAAAAGGAAGCGGGAGUUCUUCAGAAGGAGGCUCUCAUGACCAUCACGCACCUAAUCCUCAGCCUUGCGAUAGUCAUCCCUGCCAACAUGGCGGUGUAUGCCAAAAUAAAGGACAAUUAUUUGAGUGUGUUUGCCCCAGUGGCUGCUCAGGAAGACGCUGUGAAAAUGGAUUGGUUCGAGACCCAUGUGCGAAUAACCCUUGCGAGCAUGGGGGAGCAUGUUCACCUUAUGGAUCCAGCUACCGAUGCAGUUGCCCGUCAGCGUACAUGGGUUCUAGAUGCCAACUAGGAAAGAAACAAAAAACAACCAGGUCUUCAGGAAGCGGCUCCACUUCCUCAGGCAGCGGCGGUCAUACAAACCCUCACCAUUCCAACUCAAAAUCAAGAUCUGGAAGCAACGAAGUGCCAGCACCAAAUCCUCAGCCUUGCGAUAGUCAUCCAUGCCAGCAUGGCGGUGUAUGCCAUAAUAGAGGAAUAAAUUUUGAGUGUGUUUGCCCCAGUGGCUGCUCAGGAAGACGCUGUGAAAAUGGACCAGUUCAAGACCCAUGUGCGAAUAACCCUUGCGAGCAUGGGGGAGCAUGUUCACCUUAUGGAUCCAGCUACCGAUGCAGAUGCCCGUCAGCGUACAGUGGUUCUAGAUGCCAAUUAGGAAAGAAAAAAACAACAACCAGGUCUUCAGGAAGCGGCUCCACUUCCUCAGGCAGCGGCGGUCAUACAAACCCUCACCAUUCCAACUCAAAAUCAAGAUCUGGAAGCAACGAAGUGCCAGGACCUGUUCAAGACCCAUGUGCGAAUAACCCUUGCGAGCAUGGGGGAGCAUGUUCACCUUAUGGAUCCAGCUACCGAUGCAGAUGCCCGUCAGCUUACAGUGGUUCUAGAUGCCAAUUAGGAAAGAAACAAAAAACAACCAGGUCUUCAGGAAGCGGCUCCACUUCCUCAGGCAGCGGCGGUCAUACAAACCCUCACCAUUCCAACUCAAAAUCAAGAUCUGGAAGCAACGAAGUGCCAGCACCAAAUCCUCAGCCUUGCGAUAGUCAUCCAUGCCAGCAUGGCGGUGUAUGCCAUAAUAGAGGAAUAAAUUUUGAUUGUGUUUGCCCCAGUGGCUGCUCAGGAAGACGCUGUGAAAAUGGACCUGUUCAAGACCCAUGUGCGAAUAACCCUUGCGAGCAUGGGGGAGCAUGUUCACCUUAUGGAUCCAGCUACCGAUGCAGAUGCCCGUCAGCUUACAGUGGUUCUAGAUGCCAAUUAGGAAAGAAACAAAAAACAACCAGGUCUUCAGGAAGCGGCUCCACUUCCUCAGGCAGCGGCGGUCAUACAAACCCUCACCAUUCCAACUCAAAAUCAAGAUCUGGAAGCAACGAAGUGCCAGCACCAAAUCCUCAGCCUUGCGAUAGUCAUCCAUGCCAGCAUGGCGGUGUAUGCCAUAAUAGAGGAAUAAAUUUUGAUUGUGUUUGCCCCAGUGGCUGCUCAGGAAGACGCUGUGAAAAUGGACCUGUUCAAGACCCAUGUGCGAAUAACCCUUGCGAGCAUGGGGGAGCAUGUUCACCUUAUGGAUCCAGCUACCGAUGCAGAUGCCCGUCAGCUUACAGUGGUUCUAGAUGCCAAUUAGGAAAGAAACAAACAACAACCAGGUCUUCAGGAAGCGGCUCCACUUCCUCAGGCAGCGGCGGUCAUACAAACCCUCACCAUUCCAACUCAAAAUCAAGAUCUGGAAGCAACGAAGUGCCAGGACCUGUUCAAGACCCAUGUGCGAAUAACCCUUGCGAGCAUGGGGGAGCAUGUUCACCUUAUGGAUCCAGCUACCGAUGCAGAUGCCCGUCAGCGUACAUGGGUUCUAGAUGCCAAAUAGGAAAGACCCACCAUCCAACCAAGUCAUCAAGUAAAGAAGGCGGCUCAUCUUCCCAUGGCAAUAGCAAAUCCGGCAGUGGUGAUCACUCUCCGAAAAGACAUCGAUCUGGGAGUAAAUCAGAGAGUAAAUCAGGGAGUGGCUCAGGGCGUGGUUCAGGGAGUGGCUCAGGCAGUAACGAAAGAAGAGGCCGCUGCAGAAGUCCGUGUGAGAAAAACCCUUGCAAAAGGGGAUCUUGCCAAGUGUUUGGCAAAACAUUCAAGUGCAAAUGUCCAAGUGGCUUCAAGGGAAGACGCUGCCAAUUUACGAAAAGACCACGCACAACUCACAGCCAUGGGAGCAGAUCGAGCGGCUCGUCGUCUUCUGCAGAAAUCCCAGCACCCCAACCAUGUGAUUACAACCCAUGUUGGAACGGAGGAACCUGUUUGCCCGAGGGUGACCCGUAUACAUGUAAAUGUCGACCAGGAUAUGAAGGAAGACGCUGUGAAAUUGCUCCCAUACCCAAUCCAUGUGAACAAGACCCUUGCUCUGGCCACGGUAAAUGCUACUCGACCCGGGACGGAGGAUACAGGUGUGAAUGCAAUCCAAACUACGGGGGUUCACGUUGCAAUCGUGUUAUCAAGGUAAAUCCAUGUGACAGAAACCCAUGUAAGAAUGACGGCAGAUGUUUAACAAGAGGUGACGACUACCAAUGUCACUGCAUGUUUCCAUACGAAGGCACUAACUGUGAACAAGUCCAACCUGGUCCCUGUGAGGACAGCCCAUGUACCAACGGUGGAACCUGCUUUCCGGACGGUCGCGAUUUCUACUGUCAAUGCACCAAACGAUUUGAGGGGAAACGAUGCGAAAUAGCAACUGCCGUUGGACCAUGUGAAAGCGAGCCCUGUUUCAACGGAGGAACCUGCGAAGCAAGAGGAUCCGACUUAAGAUGUACAUGUAAGCCCAACUACUCUGGGAACAGAUGUGAAGACAGUCCAAAUGAGAAUGAUCACGUGAUACUAGAAUCAACCAAUGGCGAGAUGGAAGAUGUUGAUAUCCCACUCCUGGCUUUCUGCACACAUUCUUCCUAUUUGCUGCGGUUCAGUGUCAUGUGUUACGACAGUGUUCGCAUCGGAUUCAAAUCAGCAGUUUAUUCGCAUGUCUACUACUACGUUUAUUUGGGCAAAAGCUCAGCUCGGAUUGAGCACUGUGAGAACAAGUGUCAAUCGGUAUCUGAGGUUGACAUUAGCGGUCAACUGAGUGCGACAGCCUUUGCUGAUUACUACAUCCGAUUUACAUCAACUGGGUCUCUGAUAGUUGGUAUCCUUGAUGCAUCAUUUACUGAGCUGAUGUCAUUCAACGGUGAACCACCAGCUUGUCCUAUGCUUGUGUUUGUCAGCUCUGGGGACGGUUAUGUGGCGACCUGGAAGAUAUAUGAAGCCAUUACCGAGCAAGUUAAUACAAUUACCUGGCGAACAGUCAACGUGAACCUGAGAUCCGAUCAGUACACUUACCUGGGUGAAAGCUUCCAGGUAUACGACCGACAAUUACGACUUGGUCUAGCGAUAGAUUCAGAGGUGACGGUCUUGUUAUCCAAGGGAUAUGAUGACGUCAAUACAUAUGAGAUUGUCUUCCGAGCCGCAGGAAACACAAAACUGCAAAUCAAGAAAAACGGUAAAGUUGUGAAAGAAGGGGACUGCGUAAUUAACAGCUCCAGCCGCGACGACUUUGAAGAUUUGUGGAUAAGCUUCGCUAAGAAAACCAUAUCAGUUGGUCGAGUUGGGUUAGACAUGCAACCUGCAUUUGUAUCGUGGUCGGACACCUCGCCGCUUGAGGUCUCACUUGCAGCCUUCAAGGGAGCGUCAUCUUCAUAUCUUGUGUACUACAAAUUCGAAUAUCAAACUGCAAGGGGUAUAUUCUGGACCUUCGAUUGCGAUAUGGCGUACCCACUACCAUUUGAGAAAAUUCACAUGCCCCAGAAAGCGCUGGAGAUUGGUUUGACGGCAGACUGUGAUGCUCAUUUCAGUAUUGCUGCUUCAGACGAAGACAGUCCAGCGGCUCCGAUGUACGAAGUUGUGAUUGGAGCUGAGGAUAAUACCAAAUGCCUCAUUCGCAAAUGCAAAGAAUGCGAGUGUAUGGCCGAAGCGGACUGCCCACAUAUCCUAGAUAAGAACAAGCAGGUCGACUUCACCUUCGAGUUUGAGUUUGGUCACUUGAAACUCUUCAAGGGUAAGGGUGCUUCCAAGUCGGCCCAACCCAUCAUAUCAUGCGAAGAUCCAGAACCAUUGAUUGGUCUGGAAUACUUGGCAUUGAGUACUGGAUUCGAAAGCGACGGAGAAUCACACUGGAAGACCUACAAUGAUUGAAUCUUGAUGUCACGCGGUUUCUUAAAAUUCAAGUGAAAGUGACACACGACUACACCUGAAACGACAUUGAAUUUACUUCAAAAAAUCAAUAUUUAUUCAAGAAUCCGUUCUUAUUUUGAAGCAAAGCUUAUUUCAAUAGUAAUUAUGCUGGUUUCUACAGGAAGUUUUUUUUUCAGAGGAAA